AUGGGAAUAUUCAGCUUUGAGGACCAAUUACUUCAGUAUGGGCAAUACCACAACAACAAGUUAAACCAACUUAUACAUGUUGCCUUUGUUCCCACUAUAUUGUGGACCACGAUGGUUUGGCUCACUCAAACGGGUGAAGUCGCCGACUGGUCCUUGUCUUACAUCUGGCCUCUAAAUGGCGCCUUUAUUGGCAUCGCGAUCUACAGUCUUUACUACAUUGUCCUGGACCCUCUUGCCGGGACCCUAUACGCUCCCAUCCUUUUUGGACUCUGCGCCUAUGCCAAUGUCUGGGCUGGCAAGGAUGAGAUCGCUGGGGUGUCUCCUCAAAUGGCGGCAACGAUGAUCCACGUUGUCAGCUGGAUCAUGCAGUUUAUGGGCCAUGGUUUCGCCGAAGGUCGCGCGCCCGCGCUAUUGGAUAAUCUCCUUCAAGCUAUCGUCCUUGCCCCCUUCUUUGUAUGGGUGGAGGUUUUGUUCCACUUGGGUUACCGUCCUGACUUGCGCAAGCGUCUCCAAAACAAAAUCGACACUGCAAUUCUUGAAUGGAAGAAGAGUAAGAGCAAGAAGGUCCGUUAA